AUGGAGGAAGACCCUCCUCCUCCACCUCAUAGAAAAGCAGGAGGUAAUGAGUCAUUUGAGAAGUUGGCUUCCAUGAGCUUGAUUGCUAACAUUACAGUGUAUCUACGUACAAAUUACAACAUGGAGGGUAUACUUCUGGUAAAUGUGGUUACAAUAUGGUCUGGUACCUCCAACCUCGCAUCAUUAGCUGGUGCCAUUGUCUCCGAUGCUUAUGUGGGCAGAUUCCUCACUCUUCUCUUUGGCUCCAUUGCUUCUUUUCUGGGUAUGGGGACUGUAACACUAACUGCAGGCAUACCUCAACUAAGACCACCCACCUGCCAAGAAGAGUCCCAUUGCCUCCAGCCUCAAAUGUGGCAGCUUGGCUUCCUUUUUACAGGCCUUGGACUGCUGGUUAUAGGAGCAGGAGGCAUCAGACCAUGCAACAUUGCCUUUGGUGCUGAUCAGUUCGACACAACAACAGAAAAAGGAAAGGCACAACUCCAAAGCUUCUUCAAUUGGUGGUACUUCUCGUUCACAAUUGCUCUCUUCAUAGCUCUCACUGUCGUCGUGUACAUUCAAACUAAUGUCAGUUGGGUCCUCGGUUUUGCCAUUCCAACUGCUUGCCUUGCCUUUUCGAUAUUUAUUUUCUUGUUGGGACGCCAUUUUUAUAUAUACAAGAAUCCCCAAGGAAGCAUUUUUGUGGACAUGUCCAAGGUGAUCACGGCUGCUCUUCGUAAGCGAAGGAUAAUCCUAUCACCAACUUGCAAGUACUCCUUUUAUGAUCCAUUGAAUAAUGAAUCAGAUUCAGAUUCAGAGUCAGAUCCGAAAGUAGCUGAGCUCACACACACUCAUAGAUUCAAGUUCCUUGACAAGGCUGCAAUCAUAAUUUCCCCAAAUGAAUUGAAUUCUGAAGGCAAGCCCAUCAAUAGUUGGAAAUUGUGCAGUGUGCAACAGGUGGAACAUUUUAAAUGUCUGGUGGGAAUUGUGCCUGUGUGGUUUUCGGGUAUUGGCUGUUUCAUAGUGAUGGACCAAAUGGGCACAUUUGGUGUUCUUCAGGCAAUCCAAAUGAACAAUUCCAUUGGAAAGCACUUCAAGAUCCCACCAGGUUGGAUGGGCAUAUCAUCAAUGAUUGCACUGGCUAUCUGGAUAUUCAUUUACGAGCGUCUCUACAUCCCUCUGAUGAAGAAAAUAUUCCAAAGAGAAGCAAGAUUGACAUUGCAACAAAGAAUUGGAACGGGCAUUGUGAUUUCGAUACUUUGCGUGUUGGUAGCUGGUGUAGUUGAGAGGCAGCGUCGAGAAUCAGCCUUAAAACAAGGCUCUUUUGCCUCACCAAUCUUUGUUGCAUUGCUCGUGCCUCAGUUUAUCCUAUCUGGCUUGACAGAAGCUUUUGCAGCAGUGGCUAUAAUGGAAUUUUACUCUACUCAGAUGCCAGAGAGCAUGAGGAGCAUCGCAGGGUCGAUAUUUUUCCUAAGCUUGUCCAUUGCAAGCUACCUGAGCACCCUCAUUGUUAAUCUCAUACACAGUACAAGUGGAAGCAAUGGCAGAUCACCAUGGCUGGGUGGCCAUGAUCUUAAUAUGAACAGGCUAGACUACUACUAUUAUGUCAUUGCAAGUUUGGGAGCCAUAAAUUUAAUCUACUUCACUUGCUUUGCUAGACACUAUGUCUUCUGUGAGAAAGUUAACUCCGGAAGAGAGUUGCCCCAGUUAAAAAAAUCAAUUCCUGACUUACCCAAAAAUCAAGAUGAGGAAUGA